CCAUCAUUCAAUUUUGGUCGGUCAAAUAGAUCGUCACAAAAUGUUAUAAAGCAUUAUCACAUCUUUAAAUUCAUUCACAUUUCGACAUUUACACAUUCACAUGGCGCCAAUGGCUAUGGAUCGUCUCUGUUUCGUACUACCGACAGAAUCCGGCGAGUUAAAGCCACCGGCGAUGGUCGAAGAGACCAAAGAAGAAGAAGAGGAGGAGAAGAAGAGUCGUGAUUGUGGACGUCAAGUUGUGAGUUUGAUCGGAGAUAUAUUCCGGCGAUUACACGGCUCCAAAUUUGUGAAGAGCUUGAAUAAUCUUUGUAGUAUCAACGAGAGUAAAGAUUUGAUUUCAAUGGAGAUUAAUAAAUCUUUCACGGACAUGGAAGGUGUUCAACUUUCUAGCAAAGUCGGUUGCGAGAAUCCAAGAAUCUUUGGAUACUCUGAGCUUUACAUCGGAACUAAUGGUUUCAGUGACGAACUGAUCCUCGGAAGCGGCGGAUUCGGCCGUGUUUACAAGGCGGUGUUACCAAGCGACGGAACGACCGUUGCUGUUAAAUGCUUGGCGGAGAAGAAAGGAGAGCAGUUCGAGAAAACUUUUGCGGCGGAGCUUGUUGCGGUGGCUCAGCUCCGGCAUCGGAAUCUUGUGAAGUUAAGAGGCUGGUGUCUACACGAAGACGAGUUACUUCUUGUUUACGAUUACAUGCCUAAUCGGAGCUUAGAUCGUGUGCUUUUCCGACGGCCGGAAGCUAACUCCGAUUUUAAACCGUUGGAUUGGGAUCGGAGGGGUAAAAUCGUCAAAGGACUCGCCGCCGCGUUGUUCUACCUUCACGAGCAGUUAGAGACUCAGAUUAUUCACAGAGAUGUGAAGACGAGUAACGUUAUGUUGGAUUCAGAGUUUAACGCUAAACUCGGAGAUUUUGGAUUAGCUCGGUGGUUAGAACACAAGAUUGAUGAAACAGAGCCUGAUUCGAGUUACGACUCUGUUUCUUCCUUCCGUAACCACCAGUUCCGAGUCGCGGAUUCGACUCGGAUCGGUGGUACUAUCGGGUACUUACCGCCGGAGAGUUUCCGGAAAAAAACCGUCGCCACCGCUAAAACAGAUGUUUUCAGCUUCGGUGUUGUGGUUUUAGAGAUUGUCUCCGGUAGACGUGCCGUUGAUCUUUCGUUCUCUGAAGAUAAAAUCAUUUUGCUUGAUUGGGUUCGGAGGUUAUCCGAUAACCGGAAAUUACUCGACGCCGGAGAUUCUCGGUUACUAAAAGGAUCUUACGAUAACUCUGAUAUGAAGAGAAUGAUUCAUCUUGCUCUGCUCUGUUCUUUAAACAACCCAACGCAUCGUCCCAAUAUGAAAUGGGUGAUCGGAGCACUUUCCGGGGAGUUUUCCGGUAACUUACCGGCGUUACCUUCGUUUAAGAGCCAUCCUCUUUAUAUUCCUUUAUCUUCUCUAAAAUCAACCUCAACUUCGGCGACGACGACGACCACCAGAACAACGACGACCACCACCACCUCAACAACUAGCUUCAACGCGUCUUCCGAGUCAACACCGUUGUCAAAUUACGUUACUGCCCUUGAGGAUUCCAUUUACCAGACGGCGGAGACUGGAGAAAAUCGGUACUUCAACUACAACAGCCGGAGAGUGACGUCAUCAAAGUCUUUCGUAUUGGACACGCCAAGGGAGAUUUCAUACAACGACCUCGUUUUAGCCACUGAUAAUUUCUCCGAUGCUCGUCGCGUUGCUGAGGUUGAUUUCGGUACGGCUUAUUAUGGUUUACUCAACGGAGACCAACAUAUUGUGGUGAAACGUCUCGGUAUGACUAAAUGUCCGGCGCUUGUUACACGGUUCUCCACGGAACUACUUAACCUAGGCCGGCUUCGACAUCGUAACCUAGUUAUGCUCCGUGGAUGGUGCACAGAACACGGAGAAAUGCUUGUAGUAUACGAUUAUUCCGCGAAUCGUAAGCUAAGUCAUCUUCUUUUCCAUAACCAUAUGCCGGGAAACUCUGUUUUGCGAUGGAAAAGUCGGUACAACGUGAUAAAAUCGCUUGCUUGCGCAGUACGUUACCUCCACGAGGAAUGGGACGAACAAGUCAUUCACCGAAACAUUACUUCUUCAACUAUAUUUCUUGAUAGAGACAUGAAUCCGCGGCUCUGCGGAUUCGCAUUGGCAGAGUUUUUGUCUAGAAACGACAAAGCUCAUCAAGCUACAAAAAAGAAAGGAUCCGCUCAAGGGAUUUUCGGUUAUAUGGCACCAGAAUAUAUGGAAUCAGGCGAGGCUACAACCAUGGCAGAUGUAUACAGCUUCGGCGUCGUGGUGCUCGAGAUGGUUACGGGGCAGCCCGCAGUGGAUUACAAGAGGAAAAAGGAAGAUGCUCUUUUGGUGUUGAGAAUCCGCGAAGUAGUUGGUAACCGGAAAAAAAUCUUGGAGGAGAUUGCAGAUAUUCAUUUGGAUGAUGAGUACGAGAUUCGAGAAUUGACAAGGCUAUUACGGUUAGGGUUGGUUUGCACGCGAACUGAUCCGAAGUUAAGGCCUAGCAUUAGCCAAGUUGUGAGUAUAUUGGAUGGAAGCGAGAGGUUCUUUGAAGAGGAAGGAGGAAAGGAAGGUGACGUUAGUCGCAAGCAAAUGUAUGAUUCGUCUAUGUUGAUGAUUAGACAAAUGCAAGCGCUUGGGAUUCAUUGAGCAAAUGGUUGAGUAAAUGCUUAAGGGAAAU